CGUGGCACUGACGUCAGCAUUUGGGGAAGAACCAGAUCAUUACAACUAAACAUUUAGAAGGCUAAUCACCUGGCGAAGAGAGUCGAACAGAUGACAUGUUAAAGCAUCAAUGAACACCCGUCGCCGCCACGGUCCUCGGAGCAGCCAGGACGGGGUGUAUCUUGGGCCGUCUCAGACCCAAACCCAGCUGGUCCAGCAGCUGGACACGCCCCUGGCUGCUCCGCCUCCCCUCCUAGCUCCUGUGGACAGCAUGUCCUGCAGGGAUCGAACCACCGAGUUUCAGUCUGUCUGCAAGUCCCUGCUAAGCAGGCAGAAUGGUGCUCAGGCCAGUAAACCUGCUCUCAUCGCAGCCAAACAACGGAGUGACUUCACUCUCAUGGCAAAACGGAUUGGAAGAGACCUGAGUAACACUUUCGCCAAGCUUGAAAAGCUUACGAUACUUGCUAAAAGUAAAUCCCUUUUUGAUGACAAAGCUACAGAAAUCGAGGAACUGACCUACAUUGUCAAGCAGGAUAUUAACAGCUUGAAUAAACAGAUCGCCCAGCUGCAGGAACUGGUGCGCUCCAGAAACGGUCAGAACAGCAGACAUCUUCAGACGCAUUCCAACACCAUCGUUGUCUCUCUUCAGUCCAAACUGGCAUCCAUGUCAAAUGACUUCAAGUCUGUCUUGGAGGUCAGAACAGAGAAUCUGAAACAGCAGAAGAGCCGAAGGGAACAGUUCUCUCAGGGGCCUGCUGCUACCUCCCCUCUACAUGCCAGCAACCUCAGCAAUUCAGUUUUAAUGCAGAAUGAUUCUCAGAAAUCAGGAGACAUCUCUAUUGACAUGGACUUUCGUACCAACCAACAGAUGCAGCUCCUCAGUGAACAGGAUUCUUACAUUCAAAGUCGAGCGGACACUAUGCAGAAUAUUGAGUCUACUAUCGUAGAGCUUGGCUCCAUUUUCCAGCAGCUGGCUCAUAUGGUGAAGGAACAGGAGGAAACAGUGCAGAGAAUCGAUGCUAAUGUUGAGGACACCCACUUCAACGUGGAAGCCGCCCACACUGAAAUCCUCAAGUACUUUCAGUCAGUCUCCAACAACCGCUGGCUGCUCAUCAAAAUUUUCCUCAUCGUACUGAUCUUCUUCAUUGUUUUUGUCGUCUUCAUGGCCUGAGAAGCCACGUGCACCUCCCAGACAGAGGACUUAAAAGGGAUCGUCAUGAACGGGGGGG